ACAAGCUUGCAUAAGAUGGUUCCGAAUCUUCAGGGAAAAGUCGUGCGUUCAGGAGUUCAUUGCCGGGUUGACCCCUGGGAUGCUGUACCUGGAGGGCGACUGGGGCAAUGCUGCUUGAGACGAAGUAGUCCGCAAAUCGCAAGAUAAAACACAGGACAUGACGUACUGUCACUACUGUACAGGGUUUGGUUUGCAUCUCAAUCAUCCAUUAACUAUACUUUACAGAGGAAUGUAUUCUUUGUUUGGAGUGCUUGCCAAAUAUUUGUGUUUCGCCCUGUUAGAACACUGGAUGUAUUUCCAGCGCUGCCCUCUGACCCCGCGGGGUGAGCUCGAAAUAUCCAGAAGCCAAUAGCUCCCCUACACACAAAAGCGAAAGACUAAUCUAACAGCUGGCUGGCUCCGUGUCAAGGUCGCAUUGAGAAGCGAUAUUUUGCAUUUCGCAUUUCGCAGCCAGAUUCUAUCCGGCGUCGCCGUUUUCAUCUCGGCGGCAAUUCCUGACAUCACCAUGAUACUUGAGCGCCCCAGGAAACCCCUGAUAUUGGGCUACAGUUGAUCAGGAAUUGCACUUACAACAACUCGACAACCAUCAGAAAUGGCUUCCAACUCAGCUCCCAGUCUUGAGGUUAAACCCGCCUCUGGGGUCCCCUACUUCACCCCUGCUCAGGAACCUCCUGCGGGAACUGCAGCCGAUCCGCAGUCGGACGGAGCGGCCAUUCCUAAGCUCUUCCAGCCUCUUAAAGUGAGGAGCCUCACGUUGCACAACCGCAUCGCACUUUCGCCCCUAUGCCAGUAUUCUGCCGACGAUGGCCACAUGACGGACUGGCACAUGGCCCAUUUGGGAGGAAUUGCUCAGCGAGGCCCUGGAUUUCUCAUGGUAGAGGCUACUGCUGCUGUGCCAGAAGGUCGAAUCACCCCGCAAGAUCUAGGUCUCUGGAAAGACUCCCAAAUCGAGCCGUUGAAGCGUGUGAUUGCGUUUGUUCACAGUCAGAGCCAGAUUAUCGGUGUCCAGAUCGGUCAUGCGGGGCGGAAAGCUAGCACCGUCCCCCCGUGGAUAUCAUUUGGCGAUACUGCUACCGAAGAACAGGGCGGAUGGCCAAAUGGUGUCAAAGGCCCGUCUGAUAUCGCAUUCGCGGAGCGCUAUCCCAAACCCAAGGCAAUGACAAAACAGGAUAUUGAGGAUCUCAAGGUCUCGUGGGUGGCUGCUGUUAAAAGAGCCUUGAGCGCUGGUGCUGACUUUAUCGAAAUUCACAAUGCGCACGGCUAUCUCCUCAUGUCUUUCCUAUCUCCUGCUGUCAAUACCAGGACUGACGAAUACGGCGGUAGCUUUGAGAACCGCAUCCGGCUCACUCUUGAAAUUGCAAGGCUGACAAGAGAGGCUGUGCCAGACCACCUUCCGGUCUUUAUGCGCGUGUCUGGCACUGACUGGCUGGAGGAAUCCCAGCCUGAUCAGCCAAGCUGGAGGCUAGAGGACACGGUCAAAUUGGCACAAAUCCUUGCGGACAGUGGUACAAUUGACCUGCUUGAUAUAAGCUCCGGUGGCACCCAUUCCGCUCAGAAGAUCCACGCCAAACCGGCGUUCCAAGCUCCAUUUGCUGUCGCAGUGAAGAAAGCAGUUGGGGACAAGCUACUUGUUGGCACUGUGGGAAUGAUCGAAAAUGCAAAGUUGGCAAAUUCGUUGCUUGAGUCAGAGGGCCUAGACAUUGUCCUGAUAGGUCGUGGUUUCCAGAAGAAUCCGGGUCUGGUGUGGGCAUGGGCUGACGAGUUGGGCGUGGAAAUCUCCAUGGCGAACCAGAUUCGAUGGGGAUUCUCGCAUCGUGGUGGGGGCCCAUACUUGAGGAAGAAGUCGGCCCACGGCGCCGGCAAGUAAGUAUUAACUACAAAUGUCUGGAUCAAGA